AUGGGGCUGAUCACAGGGGGAAAUGAGGCGGCUUACAGAGAUGAGGUCCUGAGACUGAGUGAAUGGUGUGCAUCAAACAACCUGGCACUUAACAUCACCAAGACCAAGGAACUCAUCCUGGACUUCAGGCUGUGCCCCCCUGCACAUCAACGGAGAAUGUUCAAGAAAGCCCAGCAGCAGCUACACUUCCUAAGGGUGCUCAGGAAGAAGCAACUAAACACCCCGCUGCUGAUGACCUUCUACAGAUCCACCAUCGAGAGCCUGCUGACCUGUGCAGUGACAGUGUGGCACGCCAGCUGCACAGAGGCAGACAAGAAGAGACUGCAGAGGGUGGCGCUACAGAUCCAUACGGGCCAGAACAGACUCAGGGACAGCUUCUUCCCCAAAGCCAUCACCAUACUCAACUCAAACUUGUACAAAAGUAACUCGGUCAUCCUCACUGUCAUUGACCGCUUCUCUAAAGCUGCUCAUUUUGUCGCCCUCCCCAAGCUCCCCACUGCUCUAGAGACGGCUCGGCUCCUGACUAACCACAUGUUUCGUCUUCAUGGGAUUCUCACAGACAUCGUCUCGAACAGGGGCCGCAGUUCACAUCACGGGUCUGGAAAGAGUUCUGCAACGCCCUCGGAGCUCAGGGAGCUCUGUUUAGUUUUAGCAGCAGCAAGCCUGCGCUGCGAGGAGGAGGAUGGCAGCAACAAGGAGGAACCUGGAUAUAAGAAAAUAGAAGCACCGUGCUCCCUGAGGAAGGACGUGAGGAAGCAUCCAGUCUUCAGGAGGAAGUUCCAGUUCUCGGUGCCGGUUCUUCAGUGGGCCGAGAGCCAGAACGACUGGGAGCAGCUGAAACCUCCAUACGGCUGGAAGGAACUUCCUGUUAACGUCCUUGACUCCACCCUCUCCCUUCUUAAAAGCUCCAAUCUCUUUGAUGGCCGCUCACCUGGCAGGUGCAUCCGCUGUGCCGUGGUGGGAAACGGAGGUACCCUCCGAGGGUCCCGGCAGGGAAUGAACAUCGACAGCCACGACUUUGUCUUCAGGAUGAACGGGGCGGUGAUCACAGGCUUUGAGGAAGACGUGGGCACGAGGACUUCCUUCCACGGCUUCACCACCAACACCCUGAAGCACACGCUGAGCUGGUACCGUGACAACGGCUUCAACGAAAUCCCUCAGAGCCCGGAGACCAAAUACAUCUUCAUCCCAUCAGACCUCAGAGAUUACGUGAUGAUAGCCGCUGCUAUUCGGGAACAGACUGUCAGCUGGGGCACAGAUAGAGGAGACAGACCCUGGGAGCAUUUUGGCCACCAAGCAGCUGAAAACUUCAGGCUCCUCCACCCAGGCUUCAUCUCCUACGUGACACACAAUUUCCUGUCGUCGCCUCGGCUGGCUGAUGUCAGGGUUCGUGAGAUGUACAUGCCGAGCACCGGUGCUCUGAUGCUGAUGACUGCCUUACACACCUGUGACCAGGUUUCUGCCUUCGGUUUCUACUAUGCCUCAUUCUCCGAUCAUUACUACGACUCUGUCUGGAGGCCUCUGAACUUCUACGCCAACCACGACCCGCCGAUGGAGGGCCAGCUGUGGGAGGAGCUGUAUCGUCAGAGGAUCAUCAUGCUGUACCAGAGGAGCGCAGACAGCUGA